CGGACAACAACUCCCAUCACAACAUGUACAAGCUGGUGAUCCUUCUGUGCGCCGUGGCCGCCGCCCACGCUGGCUACCUGGGAGGCUACGCCGCCCCCGCUGUUGCCGUGGCCGCCCCCGCCGUGGCUGUGGCCCACGCCCCCGUGGCUGUGGCGCCCGCCGCCUCCUCCAUCGCCAACACGUACAGGAUCUCGCAGACGGCCCGCGUCCUGGCCGCCCCCGCCGUCGCUGCCGCCCCCGUGGCCUACGCUGCCCCCGUGGCCUACGCCGCCUCCGCCGUCCACGCCCCUCUGGCCUACGCCGCCCCUGCUGUCGCUGCUCCCAUCCUCAAGGUGCACUGAGAAGGGCAAAUGUCAGUGAUGUAUCAUCCAUUCUGACUCAUCGUUAUUUAAUAAAGACAUCAUAAACAGAA